CUGGUGAGGCAACCCAACUUUUCUACUUCCGCCCUUUCUCGACUGGCGGGCGCGGAGGCUUUGCGCCUGAGGUGAGGACGUUUUAGGUCUGGACAUCCAGCUUGGAAGGGUAGGCUUGUGCCCAGGGUCAAGGAACAGCAAGUCCCGGAAACCCCUCGUGCCCCAACGUGGGACUCCCACCGCCUGUCUCCGAGCCCGGCCGGUAUAACUCUAUCAUUAAAAAAGAAGAAGAAAAUGGUCUCAGAGAAGUGAAAUAACAGACUCAAGGUCACAAAGGCCUAAGUCUCAGCAUCUCUGGAACAAAGCAGUUCUUUUGUGGCAGAAAGGCGGGGACAGGAGUCCCAUCUCAGAGGGACCACCCUCAUCAGAGCUUCAGAACAGAUGCAGAAAAACCCAGAAAAGAGCAGGUUGUGAUUCGCUCCAAGGUGAUUAAGAACUAGGUCUUAAUCACCUUGCCUAGAGAGAGCCAGACUUGGUGAUGUCACCACAUCCAGAAACCGUCACAGACUGUGUGACCAUGGAAACUGUGGAUCAGCUUGCAGAAGGUGCUUAUUCUUCACAGUUCUCUGCAUUCUCCCAGGAGCAGCAGAAAAUGAACAUAUCUCAGGCAUCAGUGUCAUUCAAGGACGUAACUGUCGAACUCACCCAGGAGGAGUGGCAGCAAAUGGGUCCUAUUCAGAAAACCCUCUAUAGAGAUGUGAUGCUAGAGAACUACAACAACCUAGUCUCAGUGGGGAACUGCAUUUUCAAACCAGAGGUGAUCUUCAAGUUGGAGCAAGGAGAAGAGCCUUGGUUCUUAGAGGAAGAAUUCUCAAACCAGAGCCAUAAAGAAGACUACAGAGAUGAAAAUCUAAUCAAGAGACACAAAAAAAUCAAAGACAAACACCUGCAGCAAGUAACAUUUAUAAAUAAUAAACAGUUGCCUAGAGAGGAAGAAGAAGUUUUGAGUAAACCAUUUAAUCUGCGCAUAGUUCCUGUUUCUUCAUCAAAAAUGUCCUGUAAAUGUGACUCAUGGGGAGUGAAUUCGCAAAGUAUUUCUCAAUUUAUCAUUAAUAGUAGAACCUACUCAACAAAAAAAACAGAUUGUUAUAAUGUACGUGAAAAUUUGUCUUUCAAAAUUAAGCUUGAAAGAGCUCAUAUUGGAGAGAAAUUUUAUGAAUAUAAUAAAAAUCAGGAAACUCUCAGUUAUAAGGAAAAUCUUCCUGAACAUCAAAAGUGUCAAACAUUGAAGCAAGCUUUUGAAUUUAAUGGGAUUAGAAAAGCCUUCUAUGUUGAGGCUGCCUGUGUUAAACAUAAGAGUACUCAUACAGGACAACAAUCCUGUAAAGAUGAAGAGUUUAGGAAAAACUAUGACAAGACACCUCUCUUUGACCACGAAAGAACUGGGACAGGAGAGAAACACUCUCAUCUUAACCAGUGUGGGAAAUCCUUCUGUGAGAAGUCAGCUAUCAAGGAAUACAAUAAAUUUAACAUGACUGUGAAACACUGUGAAUGUAUUACAAGUGGGAAUAAUUUCAGCAGGAAGUCAUACCUUACUCAACCUCAGAGAACUCUCACAGAGGAGAAUCCAUUGGUAUGUAAUGACAGAACACAAACUGGAGAUAAACACUUUGAAUGUCAUGAAAAUAGGAAGUCUUACCAGAAAGCCCACAAAGUACGCCAGAGAACUCACUAUGAAGUAAAACCCUGUAAAUGUAAUGAAUGUGGGAAAUCCUUCUGUCAAAAAGGACAUCUCAUUCAACAUCAGAGAACUCACACAGGAGAGAAACCAUUUGAAUGUAAUGAAUGUGGAAAAACUUUCUCCCAGAAGUCACACCUCAGUACACAUCAGAGAAUUCACACAGCAGAGAAACCCUAUAAAUGUAAUGACUGUGGGAAAACAUUUGUCCAGAAGUCAACCCUCAGGGGACAUCAGAGAAUUCACACAGGAGAGAAACCCUAUGAAUGUUGUGAUUGUGGGAAAACUUUUGUUCAAAAGUCAACCCUCAGAGAUCAUCACAGAAUUCAUACAGGGGAGAAAUCCUUUCAAUGUAACGAAUGUGGGAAAACUUUUGGCCAGAAGUCAAACCUCAGAAUUCAUCAAAGAACUCACAGUGGUGAGAAAACUUAUCACUGUAAAGAAUGUGAAAAAUCCUUCUGGCGAAAAGACCAUCUCAUUCAACAUCUGAAAACACACACAGGAGAGAAACCAUUUAAAUGUAAUGAGUGUGGGAAAACUUUCGCCCGGACAUCAACCCUCAGAGUUCAUCAGAGAAUUCACACUGGGGAGAAACCAUUUAAAUGUAAUGAAUGUGGGAAAAAAUUUGUCCGGAAGGCAAUCCUUAGUGAUCAUCAGAGAAUUCAUACAGGGGAGAAACCCUUUCAGUGUAAUAAAUGUGGGAAAACUUUUGGACAGAAAUCAAACCUUAGAAUACAUCAGAGAGCUCACAGUGGGGAGAAAUCUUAUGAAUGUAAUGAAUAUGGAAAAUUGCCUAAGAAGUCAACCCUAAGUAUAUACCAGAGAAUUCAGGGAGGGGGAAAACCAUAUUGAUAUAAUAACUGUGGAAAAUUCUUCUGACUAAGAGACCAACCUAUUUGACAUCGGAAAAUUCACAAAGGAGAAAAACCAUAUAAGUAUGAAUAUAGGAAGAAUUUUGCCCAAAAGGCAACUCCGAGAGUGUAUCAGAGAAUUCACACAGGAUUUCUUUCAAGGUGCUAUGGAAACCCUGUUGGAUGGAGUCAUGCCUUGUUAGAUAACUCAUACAUGUGCUGGUAAUCUCAUUAGUAAGAAUUUCAUAGCUAAACUAAAUUUCCCUAUCUCCCUUUCAUCUAAGUGGGGCUUUGUGACUGGCUAGUAGACUGAGAAUACUCAUGUUUUAUGCCACACCUAGUUCUGACUUCCCUGGUCCCAGCAGUAUCUCAGUCAUACAUGGAAUAGUAGCAACUAUCCCUUAGAGAGGAAAUGUAUCCCCCACUUUGCUGCCUGAAGCAAAGCUGCUGGCUCAGUAGGACCCUCAACUCAUAGGUACUCUAAUUGGGCCUGUUUCACUGAUGGUUUUGCUAGUUGAAACCACUUGGACACUGUGACUGUUGAACCUCAGUGCCAUUAUGCAGACCACAAAACUAAUGUGGCUGCUCCUGUCACUGGGCAGAACACAAAGAUGUUCUCAACUCUAGCCAGUAUUCCUUCUGAUGAAACUUGGUGCGUUCUGAUGGACUCUUGGGUUCUUACUGUACCUAGCUAUCUGACAUGCCUGUUGUAAAACUAUAGGCUUAUAAAAGCACCCCUGUUUGGCACUGUGAACUGUGGGAGGGAAAUCACAGCUGCUGAGCACAACGUCUGGGUUGUUCAACUAGAUUCAUAUGGUAAGAGACUAUUCUCUGAUAAGACUGACUGGAAUCAAGUUGCUGAUCAAGCCCCCACUACCAUGAUUGCCAGCAUUGCUACCUGAAUCCAUAUCAUACUGAUGGCAAAACAUUUACCAUCUUACCCUGGAUACAAA